CUAUCUUUGAAUUUAGUAUCCAAAUAUUGUCACGUUAAUCUUAUAAAUUCAUACCUAAAAUGUUCUAUAAAUGUGUAUACAUUAUAAUAUAUAUAGUUUUUGUUUUAAAUCGUUUGGCCCUUGGCGAUAAUUCCACAUAUAAAUGUGGAAUCUGUGCCAAAGAGAAUGCCAAACUCUGUCAGAUUGAACAAUCGAUUGGCUACAGUUGUUUCAAAAGAAGCUCAACGGAAACUGUGAAGGACACUGGAAAGAAACCAGGUAAAAAGAAAUAUAUACACGAGAAAGCUCCGAUGACAAACGAGGCACGCGAAUGCAUACCACAUGGCAUACACAUAGAUCCCGGUUUUGAAAUCUGCUGUGCUUGGUCCCCUCAUACGGGCUGCAAUCUGGUAUUGGACAAGCAACAUAAGGGUGAAUUUUGCUCUACUUGCAGAAUACAAAAUAGCUUAUACAAGGACUUGGAAAUAUGUCCAUGUUCUUAUGUAAGUAGAUCGGGAUCUGAACAACUCAUCUCAAUCGAUCUAAAGAUACUCAUCGGAAUGACAAUAGGAUUCUAUAUAGUGCAGAAGAUUACAAAUUUAUUAAAUUGAUGCUUUCAAAGGGAAUUCGAUUUAUUUACCAAAUUUACAUAAAGUGUUGGUAUAAUAUGAUCCAAAAUAGAGAGAUAAAUGUCGCAAA